CGACUUCACAAUGGCGCCGAAAUCGAAGAGCGCGAAGAAAACCACAAGUACCGCCGCAGCCAGUCAACCUCCGAAAGAAUCCACAAGGCCAGAUUGGCCGCCAUUAAAACCACUCUUACCCGCUGCAGAUUUGACUGUCGAGACUCUUCUGGAGAACCAAAUCCUAACAAUUCCCCGGUUUUGGACGAGUACACUCUGCAAGAAUUAUGUUUCGUUUCUAUCGACUCUGCCAUUGACGACCACGCCGGGUAAACCCAAGAAAGGAGAGGCAGUGCGCGUUAAUGGUCGCUUUCAGAUCAAUGAUCCUGUCUUCGCUGAGCAGUUGUGGUCUGGCACGGCUUUGAAGGAGUUGGUGACGAAUUACACCGCGGAAGGGGAUCAUGAAGGUAAUGAACUCUGGAGUGGGGAUGUGAUCGGACUAAAUCCAAAUAUCCGAAUUUAUCGGUAUUCGAAAGGACAAUUUUUUGAUCAGCAUUACGAUGAAAGCAAUAACAUCCCUUUCCCUUCUGCAGACUCUGAUGCACCGCUACCAGCCAAGACGACUUGGACGUUACUGUUGUACUUGACCUCACCUGCGACUGGUUGCAAAGGCGGAGAGACUGUGUUCUAUCCCGAGCCGGCGAGUAAACGUGAAGCAGCUCCUCCUCCGGUAGUUGCGAAUCUCGAAGUCGGAAUGGUAUUGCUCCAUCGACACGGUAACGACUGUCUGUUGCAUGAAGGGAGGGAAGUGACCGAAGGUGAGAAAUGGGUCAUUCGAAGCGACCUGUGCGUCAAGAGAUGAAUGGGGUAGGCUGUCCACGGCCAAGCUGGAGAUCAGUACGCGCCUCAUGAAAGAAAAUGACUCGUCAGUCGACAUGAUUGACACAGUUCACUGCGAAUGAGAAAGCACAAUGUCGCAGCAUGUAUCUCAGCCGUGGUUUGGGCUUCGGCGCAAGAGGAAGAGGAACAUGCGUCUUUGAUAAUCUGCAGUGAUUUCGGACACGGCAUUUGCCCUGAGACGGCUGUUGAGCAAUACGACGUACUCUAUGGAACACUCGCAGAAGCCGCGGAGGAAGAUCAGCACGACAGAAAAG